AUGCUCGAAUCGAUGAUCAUGAACCGCAUCUUCCGCCACUUCAUGAAGUUCCACGGGUACUUCAUCUCGUUCUGCGCGAUCUUCUUCACCUCCACGAUCAUCGUGAGCUCGUUCAUAGGCCGCGACUUCAUUGACGAGCCUAUCUUCGUGGAAGAAGAGUUCGAGCCGGUGCAGAAGUUUCCCGUGUUCAUUCAGCUCGAAUCCAUCCUGUGGAUGACGGCCGCCGUGUUGCUGGUAGCUGGGCUGUACAAGGAGAGCAAAUACUACAUUAUUCCCUUCCUAGCGCUCUUCGUCGCCGAUGGUGUGCUGGUGAUCGUACAGGAUACGAUCAAUCUCUGUACCGGCCGAUUAUCCGAGCUGGCUACGAUCGAGACACGUCAGCUGGUCGUCAUGAUCCUGGCGAACUUAUACGUCGUGGUCAGCCUGGUCGUGCUGUACAGAAUGUUUAGCAAGGAGCCGUUACCCACGACACACAACAAUUUCGUUCGGUUCGACAACGAGCAGGACGUGGAAGCAGCCGUCAGCGGAUCGAUCAUCGGAGUCCCAUCGGCACCACCGUCUCCAAUCAUUUCCAACGGGGCCACGUUAACUUCGAACGGAAUCGCAAGCCCUACCGGUGUGGGCACACAACAUGCAACCUAG